AGAAUAGGAAUAGAAAGACUAUGAACUUGGUUUAUCACGCCUUCCUGACGACUAUGUGGUUAGGUGGGUAUGAGCUUCACAACGCAGCUCUAUAAUCAGCAGCCUUUCUUGACGAUGUUCUAUAUAAGAAUAAGGUGGAAGUUGAGUGGGAGAGCAGCGAGACACAGAGAAAGAUAGAUAAAGAGAGGAGAGAGAGAGAGAGAUAGAACUUCUUGAGAGAGACUUGGGGGAAUAAUUCUUAUACAGAGAUGGAAAGGGUUGCUACUAGCUCCAACUCUGAUCUGAUGUUACACUUGGCUAUUGACAUUGGAGGCUCUCUCAUUAAGUUGGUGUACUUCUCAAGUAACAGCAGUUGCACUUUAGAUGAUAAUGGAAUGAGGGUAAUAAAAGAAAAGCAAAAAGACUCCAAUGGUGAUGUGAACUACGACUUUCUACAUGGCAGGCUUCAGUUUGUGAAGUUCGAAACAGCCAAGAUUGAUGAAUGUAUAAAAUUUCUCUCGUCAAGGCAGCUUAACUGCAAUGGUGGUAGAUUUCCAGAGGCUCUUGCCGGAAACAAGAACAUCAUUAAGGCGACAGGUGGUGGUGCGUUCAAGUUUGCUAAUUUAUUCAAAGAAAAGCUUGGAAUUACUCUGGACAAGGUAGAUGAGAUGGAUUGUCUUGUUGCAGGAGCAAAUUUUCUGCUUAAGGCGGUCCAGCAUGAAGCUUUUACACACAUAAAUGGUCAGAAGGAAUAUGUGCAAAUUGCUCACAGUGAUUUAUACCCUUAUCUUCUUGUCAAUAUUGGAUCUGGUGUUAGCAUGAUAAAGGUGGAUGGGGACAACAAGUUCGAGCGAGUAAGCGGGACUAGUGUUGGAGGCGGCACCUUCUGGGGCUUGGGGAAGCUUUUGACACAGUGCAAGAGUUUUGAUGAGUUACUGGCAAUGAGUCAUGGAGGAAAUAACAAGGCUGUAGACAUGCUUGUGGGAGACAUUUACGGUGGAACGGAUUAUUCAAAGAUUGGACUUACAUCAACAGCCAUCGCUUCUAGCUUUGGAAAGGCAAUCUCAGACAACAAAGAGCUUGAUGAGUACAGAACUGAAGAUAUUUCCCGGUCAUUGUUACGAAUGAUCUCCAACAACAUUGCACAGAUCGCUUACUUGAAUGCAUUACGUUUUGGACUCAAGCGAAUAUUUUUUGGAGGAUUUUUCAUUCGGGGUCAUGCUUACACAAUGGACACUAUUUCUGUGGGAGUCGACUUUUGGUCGAAGGGCGAGGCAAAGGCGUUGUUUUUGAGGCACGAAGGAUUUCUGGGCGCAUUAGGUGCUCUGAUGAACUACAAACAGGACGAUCUCGGUGACUUGUUAUCCCAUCGGUUCGUGCAACAACAACUUCCAACGAGCUCAGGUGGCGCCGUAGAAGAUUUAUUUCACAGCUCAACGCUUGUGAGUGUUAGUGAAAAUUGAUCCCAGAGUGCAGGUUGGAGUAGGAAAUCAUACAUAGACCAGUUUUAUACCUCAUAGGAUCUGUUUGAUUAUUAAGGUGGUCUGUAUGGCUAGCUUGCUUCAUGAAUUAUUUGAAAGAUGAAUAUUUAGUUCAAAUAUAGUACAUGGAAUAGGUAAUAUUUACAUAACUUUGUCGAAUAUGUAGCAAAGUUACAUUGAUUGAUUUUUUUUGGGGGAGACAAUAGUUA